GAUAUAUUGUAUUACGUUUCUUCUACCUUUAUUGUCGUUUUAAUUUUAUCCAUAUCCUUAUAUCGAAUUCAAGGUUCCGAUCUCGUACAAUUAAUUAAAUGCCUCGAACGCGCAGUCGUCAUGCAGCCCGCAUAUCCCGACGCAGUCCACCCCGCGAAACACAUUCUGGGGCCGGUAUCCGUGCAAUUGUGAGGAAAAGCGAUAUCUGUGUCGGUUGUAUAGUAUGGCUUCCGUCUAAAUUGGAAAGCGAUGACGAUUUAGUUUGUAGUCGUGGGAAAAUUUGUUGUAACGGGAGAUGCUUGGAUGAUGAGGGGUAUAAUCAUCCGGUUGUGAUUUUGGAGCAUGAAGGAAACAUUUGUUCCGUUGCCAUGAUAACAUCCAAGUCCCGUCAAAAACACAACCAGAAAUCCCGCAUCGCGAUAUCUCAAACCCCUGAGAAUCUAGAAGACCUAGAUACCGAUCUCGAAAGAAAACUCUAUCUCGAAGCAGGAGAAAUGAAUAAACCUUCCUUUAUUAUUACUGAGCAUGUUUUCCCAGUCCCCUUCUCAAAGCUCCGCGCUAUUAGCUUUAAACCCGAUUCCAGAGCUUUCGAUACAAGAAUUUGUAAAACUAGUUAUCUGGAAUUGAUAGGGAAAUUUGAGAUGGAUAAGGAUGGAGUGGAAUGGGUGGAUACGGUGGUCAUGAAGGGGAAGGAAGGAAAUGUGAAAGCUGAGAGGAGAAGAAAGGCACAGAGGGGACUAAGAGUUACAUUCAGAGAUCCUUGGGAGGAGAUUAGAGGAGACGUAUUGGCUUCGCAUCAAAGCUUUGAGGUCAUGGAACAUCCUUUGGAUCAGAGAAAUCUUUCUGAACCAGCCCCAUUUACAAAUUUCCCUGGUCUUCCGCAAACUCUACAAGCACAAACUAUUCCCACAAUCCCGUCGCCAGGAUGGUACACCUAUAACCGCGCAACGAGUCUCGCGAGCGAACGCCAAUCUCUCAUCCAAAACUCGUAUCCUAUCCCCUCUCAUCUUCCACCUUCUCCAUUGCCUUCUCCGCCUUUGCAAACAGGGCAUCAACAAUACCAUAUUGAUGUCCCACCUCGUCCUUCACGUCCAAAUCACCAUACAGAUGUCCCAUCCCGUCCCUCACGUCCCAAUUACCACGUUUCCCUUCCGUCAGUUGAAAGAUACGAUCGAUCGCAUUGGGACGCAAGGAUACGUAAUACCAAUUCCCGGACUCAUGAUUUGGAGGGUGGAAGACUCGGUAGUAGGAGCGGGAACGGGAAUGGGAAUGGAGAAGAGGGGGAUUCACACGAGGGAGAUUUAUUCGUGCAGCUUGUGGUUGUAUUUUUGGUACUGGGAGGAUUUGUUUGGUGGUCGUAUGGGAAGUAAUUUUUGGAUAAGAGGUCGGGGAACAUGAGUUUUCUGGGGCGAAAAUGAUGAUAAAUUGAGAUUUGGAAAGAAUUGAUUGAUUUAGCGAGGUAGUUUGGGGGUAUAUGCAUAUCAGGCGUUGGGGUUGAAUAUUUAUUGGAACUAUUUUCUUUAGCGAAGCCGACUAGUGAAGGGGAAUAUAAAGCUUCAUGUGGAUAGUUCAAAGCAGUAUUAUAUAGCACAACAGUAUGAAAGUUCGCACAGGAAUUCAAUUUUCAGCUCUAUAUAAAAUAAUGGAUUGAUCAGAAAUACUCUACAGGUCAAUCUAGCUUUCAAUAAACUCCCAGAUAACUGCCACUGCAACCCCACA